ACGACGUCGUGCAAUACAGUAGAGGAUUUAUAGUUUUAGCUUAAACCCUAGUCCUGUCGCCGCCGGUCCUCACGCAAUCUCCGGCGACAGUUCGCGCUGUUAGUCUUCUACAACGGUGAAAAUCUCGAUUCUGAUUUUUUCUUUUCAGUGGAAAAAUCUCCGAGCCUAUUCCUCUAUUUUGGAGGACGAUAAUUAAUCUAUUCUGAUCUGAAUUUGUUUGUAUCGAGUUCGGUGUAAUUUUUGUUGUGUUAUUGAGUAUUGAGGAAAAUCAAACUUGUUAAUCUAUCAAUGUUGGAUGAAAGCGAAUUCGAUGUGCAUCUGAAUCUCUGGGCCCUAAGAAUUCCGAGGGAACUUUGUAAGGCUGCCAUUAAAAUACUGAACGGGUACUUAAUUGACAGGCCUCGGAUUAAACCUGUGACUGAAGAUCCAACAAGUGAUAAGAAUCGUUAUGUUAUAUUAUCUGAGAAGGUUCAAACUCCGGAAUUAUCAGAAAUUCCAGAAAUGAUGCUUGAAGAAUUGAAAGGUUUAUGCACGAUUGAUCGAGUUCCCUAUUCCCUAACACUUGGAUAUUCAUAUUGGGGAGCAGACCAUAUCCUCAAGAAGAUUCUGCCUCCUGAAGUGGAAGUGCCUUCUUCUUUUGAGACAAUAGGUCACGUUGCUCACCUGAAUAUACAUGACGAAUUGCUUCCAUAUAAGGAUGUCAUUGCGAAGGUUAUUUAUGAUAAAAAUUAUCCGAGAAUUAAAACAGUCGUAAAUAAAGUGGGGUCUAUAACAAAUGAAUUUCGGGUCCCAAAGUUUGAAAUACUGAAGGGAGAGAAUAAUAUGGUAACAGAAGUGAAGCAAUAUGGAGCGACUUUUAAGCUUGACUAUAGUUUGGUCUACUGGAACUCAAGAUUGGAACAUGAACACAUAAGGCUGGUUUCACUGUUCCAACCAGGAGAGAUAAUUUGUGACAUGUUCGCCGGUAUUGGUCCAUUUGCAAUUCCAGCUGCCCAGAAAGGAUGUAUAGUAUAUGCCAAUGACUUGAAUCCAGACAGCGUGCGAUAUCUGAAGGUUAAUGCAGAAAUCAAUAAAGUUAGUGGUCGUGUUCAUGUAUAUAAUUUGGAUGCUAGGAAGUUCAUUUCUCAAUUGAUGACAGUUCCCAGUAACGAAAGUAAUUCAGAAUCUGUCAUCUCAAUAUUAAAAGCUUGUGAGAAAGGCAUUGGAGAGACCAAUCAAAAAUCACCAUCUGCAAAUGUUCAGGUGGAAGAAGUCCAAGAUGAUAGUAAAAUUAGCAAUGAAUAUGUAGAACAUUCAAGGAGUGCCGAUAUAUCCGUUGCUGCUCUUAAAAGAUCCUCAGAAAGUUGUGAGAAUGAGAAAGACAAUGGAAUUGCUGAUGAUGCUUCCAUCUGUGUAGCCAGUAGGAGAAAUGGAAAUGCUAACAAGAGGAUGAAGGGGUCCAAUAUAUCUCAUGCUAGGACCUGGGAACACGUUGAUCAUGUGAUUAUGAACCUCCCUGCUUCUGCUUUACAUUUUCUCGAUGCAUUUAGGGGCUCAAUUAAGAGGAAGUACUGGAAGGGCUCCCUUCCUUGGAUUCACUGUUAUUGCUUCAUGCGAGCAAAUGAAAAUCAAGAUUUUAUCAUUUCAGAGGCUGAGUCUGCCUUGAAUGCUCAUAUUCAAGACCCCGUUUUUCAUAGGGUCAGAGAUGUUGCACCAAACAAGGCAAUGUACUGUUUGAGCUUUAGGCUUCCGGAACAAUGCGUCAAUGACGACAUGACUAGCUGAAUCGAGUAAAACCUGAACUUUCCUAUCUCUUGGGCUUAUUGAGAACAACUUCAUUUUCCCAAUUUGUUCGUGCGGAGUUUUCAUAGUUCUCACAUCGUUGUACUUCACAGUCGUUUCUCGUUUCUGAGAUGUACAAGCUAGACGAAUGAUAUCGUAGGCUGGCACUUAGGGGUUUCAUUUCUACUGUGGAAAAUUUUUCAGAUUUGCUCGGUAUAGUUCGUUACUAACUUGAUUUUGUAUAAAACGAAAUAUGUCUCAUGUCCUUAAAACAAUAUCUCUUAAUAUGCAUAGCAUGUGCCUUAAUGAAAGUGCGCUUUUCGAUUCUUUUAACAUUA